AUGCAGCAGCCACCUUUUGACAUGUGGAAGGACUACUUCAACCUGAACCAGGUGCUGUGGGCGCUGAUCAGGAGCCGGGGGCCAAGGCUGGAGGCCCAGGGGGUGCAGGAGCCCAGCCCCGGGGCCCCGCUGGGGCCAGGAGAUGAAGGGCUGGUGGGGCUGGGGCCCGGCGGGGGCCUGGGUUCCCUGUGCAACUUCUGCAAACACAACGGGGAGUCCCGCCACGUGUACUCCUCCCACCAGCUCAAGACGCCCGAGGGUGUCGUGGUGUGUCCCAUCCUGAGGCACUACGUGUGUCCCCUGUGCGGGGCCACAGGUGGCCAGGCCCACACGCUCAAGUACUGCCCGCUCAACGGCAGCCAGCAGUCCCUGUACCGCCGCAGUGGCCGGAACUCGGCCGGCCGCAAGGUGAAGCGCUGA